CUUAGUUGUGGAGGGAGGGAGUAUUUGAUACGAGUACUAAGAAAAUUAAAGAAGGAAAUACCCCCGUAUAUUACUUGUAAUAAACGGAUCUCAAAAGUUAUUUGAACCAAAUACCAUGCAAAACUUAACUUGUUCUUCCACUCUGUAUGAACACUAACUCUAUCAGAUCGUAACAAAGAUGAAUGAAUCUACCUAUAAUCCGGACAUUGCAGGCCGGGCAGAUCUCCACCAUGGAAAGAUAUUAUUGCAUUACCAUUGGAGACCAAGAGAGAAUGAGAGAAAUUAAAGUGUCCGUUGAUUUCGCCGAUCGGAAAUACAUCAGGCGCGGUUGUUUUCGACGGAGGCGGGGACGGCGGUGAUACUGGCGGCGGAGACGUUAUUGGGAUCAGGAACACCAAGAGAAGGGUUGUUGCCUUCGGACACCGCCACCGCAGCCGAAUCCGAUUCUUCCUCCUCCUCGUCGUCGUCGUCGGUGUCGUAGGUCGCGAGGUUGACGCACGAGAAACGCUCCAGCGACGAGAAGAAGGCCGCCGCCACGCUGGAUCCGAACCACCGCGCUAGGCCGUCCAGCUUGUCGUAGGGCACCACGCUCGUAUUCUCCAUAGCUCAGAUCUGUGAACAGAAUUCUCGAAUUUCUCGCUCGAAUGGAAAAGCUUCACGAGGGUUCCGAGAGAGAAAUUGCCAAAUUGGUCAGCGGGGCCAGUGGAUGGAUAAGGAUAGAGAGACCAAACCAACGGCGACCAGAGAAACGUUCUCUCUGUAAAUCUCUGCAACUCCGGCCGCCAUCACAAAUCAGAUGCUCAGCCAAGGCAAAUGUAUGUGAAUUGAAGGAAUUAAGGAAUGUAGCUUGUAGUUUUCUUGCUGCUUGGGCAGUCACUGCUUCCCCUGUUAUAGCUGCUAACCAGAGGUUACCACCUUUAUCAGUGGAGCCAAACAGAUGCGAGCGGGCUUUUGUUGGUAACACGAUAGGUCAAGCCAAUGGUGUUUAUGACAAACCACUUGAUCUCCGUUUUUGCAAUUACAUGAACGAGAAAACCAAGCUCAAGGGGAAGUCUCUUUCAGCAGCUCUUAUGUCAGAAGCCAAGUUUGAUGGCGCAGACAUGUCUGAAGUUGUAAUGUCAAAGGCUUAUGCAGUUGGAGCUAGUUUUAAAGGUACUAACUUUGCAAAUGCUGUUCUUGAUCGGGUUGAUUUUGGGAAGGCCGACCUCCGAGGAUCUUCUUUUAAGAAUACUGUUCUGUCAGGAUCUACGUUUACUGAUGCUAAACUUGAAGGUGCGGUCUUUGAGGACACCAUUAUCGGCUAUGUCGACCUUCAGAAGCUCUGCACAAACAAGACCAUCAACGAAGAAGGACGAGCUAACUUAGGAUGUCGGUAGCAUCUUGUCAUGACCUUAAAUGGCUGGUUGUAAAAACAUCUGCUAUUUUUUUGUGGACACUACAAAAAUAUAACAUGAGAUUCAUAACUAUGAAGACUGAAGAGGGACCAUGCAUGUAAAAUUCUUCAAUACAUGGUUGUUGGUGAGGUCAAAGGAGAUCGAUGAGAUCCAACUAACUAUGGAUCUCUCAUUGUUAGAUGUGGAAGAUAUCAACAAAAAAUUAUCCUCCCAAAAACAAAUUUCCUCCUAUUAU